AUGACAGGCAACAACCAUCAAAAAGGUCUCCACAAAAGACAAGGAACAUCUAGAAUCUCAAAAAGCACGCCUUUGAAUAGAAGCCAUAGACCUACUCGUGAACAACCAACUAUUCCUUCAAAUUCUUCCCUCUCACUUUCGCUCAACCCUGACACUAUCAAACAACUUCUCAACCUUCAUCCACCUCCGUAUUCCGUUGAACAACUGUGCGCCAACCGUUUUGUAGGAGACGGUGCCAAAGUACUCCGCCCCUCGAAUUGCUGGAUUUUGUACAGAACAUGUGCGGCUCGACGUAUUCGUGAAUUACCACAAUUCAAGGACAUGCAGCAGCAGCAAUUUUCGGAAAUAAUUGCUGGUCUGUGGAAAAAGUGUAGCCAAGCCGAGAAAGAAGAAUAUCGUCAAUUACAAUAUAAAGUAAAAGAAUUGCAUAAGAAAUAUCAUAGAGAUUGGAUUUAUAGGCCUGAAAAAGGAAAUUGUUGGCGCGUCCAAAAAGUGCAAGGUGAAUAUGCUAAUAAUCGACCUACCGAAAUCCAAGAAUUUCAGACCAUCCAAGUUUUAACGUUCCAGGCUCAAAUAAUAACGGAAAAUGAUAAUACCUCAAACGAAAUAGGAGACACACAAGGUUAUCCCUUGAAUAAUGACAACGACCAAUAUGACAACGGUAGCAUUAACGAAACUUUUGGUAAUAACGUAAACCAGCAAACCACCUACAUCGAUACAGUACAUAUCGUCGAAUCUCAACUGUUACAAAUACCAACGCCGCCUUUAAUAUUUUCGCAUGGAUCGUCACCCGAUGAAUAUCCGUUUUCCAGUGCACCCUCCCCGACAAUGUCAUGCGAUGAAUUUUCCGGUGCACCAUCGCCCAUGCCAUUCCCUGAUGAACACUCGUAUUCCGGUGCACCAUCGCCCAUGCCAUUCCCUGAUGAACACUCGCAUUCCUGUGCACAAUCGCCAUACGCUAUUGAGAUUGACACCCCAUCGCCAUACGCUAUUGAGAUCGAAAACCCAUUUUCCGGUGCACCCUCGCCGACUAUAUCAUUCGAUGAAUUUUCCGGUGCACCAUCGCCUAUGCCAUUCCCCGAGGAUUCCUGCACACUGUCGCCAUUCGUUGCUGAUAUCGAAGACCAGUUUUCCUUUGCACCAUCGCCGACCAUGUCAUCCAAUGAAUUUUCCUGUGAACCAUCGCAAUUCAUUGCUGGGAUUGACUCGUUUUCCUAUCCAACUAUGUCAUCCUAUUCCUAUGAAAUUGAAGACCUGCUUUCCCGUGCACUAUCACCGCCUUAUGUUGAAGACCACCAACAAAUGUAUGUGGGUAUUGUCCAUUGUACUCACCACAGGACUUGA